GGCCGUCGUCUGCAGGGUGGAGGCUAGCGCCGCUUAGCACAGCCACUGCUAACACCAACAAAAACAACUAAACCCUUGUUUUACUUUCCUUAUUGCGACGUUGUCAGUCGUAUACAUGGAAAUAAUUUAUCUUUGUUAAGGUAACAGAAUCGUACGUGAUAGUUGGUGUGGUUUCCACGACCGAACACCGACAUGGACGCGGUGAACGCGUUCAACAUGGAGCUGUUUUCCAUGAUUGACAUGAAGCCUCCAAUAUCCCGUGCCAAAAUGAUGUCCAUUACAAAAUCAGCCAUCAAAGCUAUAAAGCUUUAUAAACAUGUUGUCCAGAUUGUUGAAAAGUUCAUCAAGAAGUGCAAACCAGAUUUAAAAGUCCCUGGUUUAUAUGUGGUUGAUUCCAUUGUGCGACAGUCACGCCACCAGUUUGGGGUAGACAAGGAUGUUUUUGGACCCAGAUUCUUGAAAAACUUCACAGAUACCUUCCAAAACCUUUAUCGUUGUCCAGAAGAUGAUAAGAAUAAGAUACUUCGCGUCCUAAACCUGUGGCAGAAGAAUGGUGUGUUCGACAUGGGCAUUCUUCAGCCUCUGAUGGAUAUGGUUAAUGGUGUCAUUGCACCUCUUUCUGCUGUGGAAGUCCCUGCUAGCUCCAAACCAGAUGGUCAACCUCCUGGUGCUACUGCUCCUCUUGUCCCUGCUGAGCCCCAGCUACCUAGUGCUGAUGCCUUAGCUGCUGUAGCCCAGCUGUUCCAAUCUCCCCACGAACUGCAGAAGAUGCUCCAGAACUUUCAGCAGGCAGAUAAGACAGUUCUGCCUACCAGCAUUGGAAAUGUGCCAAAUUCAUCUCAGAUACCAGCAACUCAGUUCAAUUUUAACAGCACAAAAACUGAAAAGAAAAGCUCUUUAGCUGAGAAACUCCUUGAUCGAUUUGACUACGAUGAUGAACCUGACGAUGUUCCAGAAAGCCACAUUCAGUCCCACUGCGUUCCGGAAAAUGCAUCAAAUCAAUAUCCUGGACAGAUGCUCGACACAAAUGUUCAUCCUGAUAUGCUGAGGCAAGCUGGGGAUAUAAAGCACGGAGGAGGAAUGAGUCAUGGAGAACAUCAUUUGAUACCAGAUCGAUAUCAUUCAACAAAUGAGACUCGCUCUCAGUCACAGGCAAACUCGAGUGAAAACUUGUCCAUAAGGCAGGAUGGCAUCCAGAGAGGCCAUGGCAGGAGUUCCAGAUCCAGAACUGGUUCCAGAUCUCCUAGGAGAAGACGCUCAAGAUCUUCAUCGCGGUCAAGGCGGCCAAAGCAUCGGCGUUCUCGCUCCAGAGAACGACGCUGGAGGUCUCGCUCUAGAUCACAGGAUAAGCAGGAGAGAGAGAGGGACAGAGAAAGGAGACAGAAAGGUCUUCCCAGUAUAAAGAACCACACACUCAGCGUUUGCAGUACUACGCUUUGGAUUGGACAGCUAGACAAGAAAACACAGCAGGCGGAUUUGAUGUCGGUUUUGGAAGAGUUUGGCCAGAUUGAGUCCAUCAAUAUGAUUCCUCCAAGGGGCUGUGCCUAUAUUGUUAUGGUUCACAGGCAGGAUGCCUAUACAGCCUUGAGCAAACUCAGAAGAGGGUCAUACAAAGUCAACCAAAAACCUGUGAAGAUUGCCUGGGCUUUGAACAAAGGUAUAAAAGCAGCACACAAAAAGUUCUGGGAUGUGGAACGGGGAGUUACGUACGUCCCCUGGAGCAAAGUCAAAGUUGAGGAGUUGGAGAGCUAUCGGGAAGGGGGUGUGCUGGAUGCAGACUCAUUAAAUCCUGAGUGGAAUAUCGCAAGAGACAUCAACAACAAGGCAGCUGUAAAUGGAGCAAUGGAAAGGGUACAGGAUGGACCUGUCACUGCCCUCGCUCAGGUACCAACAAUUCAACAGACAGAACCCAUUGGAAGCCCACCAGCUUUCCCUGGUCCCAUCAUGUUUUCCCCAACGUCCAUGCCUCCUAGACAAGCUCCUUUCAUGCCCACAAAGUUUGAUCCAGCAAAUAUGGCAGCUGCAGGAGGUAUCAAACUUCCAGAAGAAUCCGCUGAAAAUAUCUUGGGAGAUCAACACUUUUCCCCUGAUAUCGGCACCGGAAACCAACUGGGCUCUCCAGUAGCACCGGGCAUGACCCUGCCCAAACCCGGAGUCAUGCAGGGACCCCCUAGACCCGGGAUGCCGCCUAUGCAGCCUCCUCCGGGCAUGCUCAGUCCCCACACACCUCCCUUCCUCCCCUCUCCAAACAUGCAACACAUGCCCCCGCAAAUGAUGCCAGCAGGGCCAAUGUUUCCGUCUAACAGAUUCAGAAUGCAAAUGCCUUUUCCUCCUCGCGGUCCUCCUUUCCAGCGAUAUCCACCAAUGGGACCUGAGAGCAUGAAUGAUGGGGAGGACAGGCAUUUCCAGAAUGGUCAGCCGGGGUUUGGAUGUCCACCCUUCGAAAGAGGGAGAUGGGAGAGGAUGUAGAUUCAUUGAUGAGCUAAAGGGAUGGACUGUUGAAUUUCUGGGAUAUGUAUGACUAAGAAUAAUAACAUCUGGUUCAACAAUAAUUGUUGAUAGCAACUGUGGUGAUUUGCUUUGUUCAGACUGAUUUCAGCACCAAACCUUUUCUCUGUUUAACAUUGAAAAACAAAACACAGCUCUGAAUGUGGUACAUGCUCCUGUAUGUCUAUCAGAGGAAGAACUUUUGCCGAACAUCCUGUUUGUGCUCGUAGAUGUUUAUCUCUUUGUAUAUUUAUAAUUGUGUAGUUAAUGAUGGACUCUGUUAUCUGUAUUGGUACCGAUAACCACAGAAGGAAAGUGUGUGUUUUUUUGAACUUAUUCCCUUUUUCAUAAUUUUUGUCUAUGGAAGAAAAAAAAAGUAAUCAGUCUUUUUUGGUAUUUUCGUUUUUAGUAUCACAUUAACCUUUCCCUUUUAGCCAGAAAAACUGGAGUUCAUUUAAUGAAGGUUCCAUGUCCUGCCAGUAGAGGGCAGAGUCAACCCUGUUUCUGUGGCCAACCUCUGUUGUGCAUUGAGGUCACACCUUGUGGGAUCAUAUGCAGUGAUUAUUAAAAAAAAGAGUAAUUGCCAUUUGUUCAAGUGGUUUGUUUGUGUUACUCUUUGUCUG